AUGUUUCGGCUGCAUUAUGGUCUUCCUCAAGAUGUACGAAUAAUAGGAGAUGAAUAUAUUAGAGAAGAGUUUCGUCGUCACAAAAAUGCUAACAGGGAACAAGUGCUUACAUUCCUGAAAGAGUGGACGAGCUAUUGUGUUCUUUUAUCGAAACAAUUGUCGCAACAUGGCCUUGUCAAGGGAACUAUUGGCAAAAGUCUUGAGCCAUCUUCGCUCGACGAUUUUUCUAAUGAACAGCUUCAACAGUUGCUUGCUUUAAAGAUUGAAACAGCAAAGCAAAAAGUGUGA